AUGAAGUACUUUCUCACAGCUGCGCUCAUCUCUUCAGCUCUUGCUGCUUACGUUCCAUCUGACCCAUGGACCGACUUGACUCCUACUGCUGCUGCUCCAUCUGGUGCCACCACUGACCACACCCAUGCUUUCGGUAUUCAAAUCGUCACCGUUUCUGCUGCAUCUGUUACUGGCGCUGCUAAGAGAGCUGUGCAACAAAUCGGUGAUGGACAAGUCCAAGAACAAAGUUCUGUUACCUUGGCCACUCCAACCACCACUGCUGCUGUCAUCCAACAAAUCAGUGAUGGUCAAAUCCAACACCAAACUAGCACUGCUGCUGUUGUUCAGCAAAUCAGUGAUGGUCAAAUCCAACACCAAACUACUGCCGCUGUCAUCCAACAAAUCAGUGAUGGUCAAAUCCAACACCAAACCACCGUCACACCACCUACUCCAACCACCGCAUCUGUCGUAAACCAAAUCGGUGAUGGUCAAAUCCAACACCAAACCACAUCAACUGCUUCAGUUGUCAACCAAAUUUCCGAUGGUCAAAUCCAACACCAAACAACUCUUUCUGGUGCUUCUCAAAUCUCUGAUGGUCAAGUUCAACAAGCCACUGCUACUGCUGCUGCUGAUGCCGAUGCCGGUCAAUCAGGUGCUGGUGAAGCUUGUAAGACUGAAAACUCUUUAACUAUGUCCUUGAAGGGUGGUAUUUUAACUGACUCCAAGGGUAGAAUUGGUGCCAUUGUUGCCAACAGACAAUUCCAAUUCGAUGGUCCACCACCACAAGCUGGUUCUAUCUACGCUGCUGGUUGGUCUAUCACUUCCGAUGGACACUUAGCUAUCGGUGACAACACUCACUUCUACCAAUGUCUUUCUGGUGACUUCUACAACUUGUAUGAUGAAAAUGUUGCUGCUCAAUGUAGUGAAGUUCUUUUAAGUGUUAUCGAUCUUAUCGAAUGUUAA